AAUGCAUUAGUCUAAUGAGAUGUUUGCAGCUGGAGAGCGGAGCUGCUGGAGAUGUACGGUGUGCUAACGGACAGGGGGAAAAUGGCUUGUGGAACGGUCUGCAUGCACGUGCUCCAAGUCCUCUGCUCUCUGGGCCAAAAUAUCUGGUGUCUGUAAAGAAGCUGAUCCAUCAUUAAAACAUAAGCAAUAGCUCCUUUACUUAUGAAUCAUUUGCCAUCACUGCCUCCAAGACUGGAUACUAUGGACAUGCAGUCUCCCAGAAUACCAGGUCGAAAAAGAGGAAGACCCCCGCUCCAUUCGACGCCUAUGAAAAUGGCUGUUCAUAACCUCUAUUCUGCACCAGCUGGUUCUCUGCCUGUUGUGAAGAUUCCAAAGAAGCGAGGGAGGAAACCUGGAUACAAGCUGAAAUCUCGUGUUCUAAUGACCCCUUUAGCAAUUUCCCCACCAAGAAGCACCCCGGAACCUGAUAUAAGCUCAAUCCCACAGGAUGCAGCUACAAUCCCCAACUCAGCGGCCCCACAAGCCCUCACAGUCUGCAUUUAUGUCAACAAGCAAGCAAAUGUGGGGCCAUACCUUGAACGAAAGAAAGUGCAGCAACUUCCAGACCACUUCGGACCUGAGCGGCCUUCGAUGGUGCUACAGCAGGCAGUUCAGGCUUGCAUUGACUGUGCACACCAGCAAAAGACCGUCUUCUCACUUGUCAAGCAGGGCUACGGAGGUGAAAUGGUGUCAGUUUCUGCUUCUUUUGAUGGGAAACAGCACCUCUUGAGCCUGCCAGUAGUGAACAGCAUUGGUUAUGUUUUGCGGUUCCUCAAAAAGCUUUGCCGUAGCUUGUUGUGUGACAAUCUUUUCAGCAAUCAACCUUUCCCACAAUACAACACUUCUGAAAACCCUGAAGAAUAUGAAAAUGGACGGAUGGAAUCAGAAACAGUCAUACCUGAAGACUACCUGGUUGAUCCAGUGAACACAAAGCAUUACAGCGUAGACCCCUCUGAUUCUGCCUUUAAUUGUAUGGGAUCCGUGUACUCUAUGAGGCAGAGUUCUGGCGAGGGACGUCAUGGUGGUGGGUCAUCUUCCUCUUGCAGUCACCGCUCUGGCCAGAUGGGCUCUGGAGGACCAUCAGCUGCAGCUCUGAGGCAUCAGACAUCAAGCCCAACCAGAAAUGGAACCUACAUGGAAGGAAACAGAAGUGCCUCAAGUCCUUCACCAGACAGGCAAGAUGCAGCUCGGCCCAUAAGCAAGAAUCCUUCGACCUGGACCGUUGAUGAUGUGGUUUGGUUUGUAAAGGAUGCCGACCCUCAUGCUUUGGGACCCCACGUGGAGCUCUUCAGAAAACACGAGAUUGACGGCAAUGCUUUGUUGCUACUGAAAAGUGACAUGAUCAUGAAAUAUUUGGGCCUGAAGCUGGGACCGGCACUGAAACUCUGUUACCACAUCGAUAAACUGAAGCAAGCCAAGUUCUGACACUUCCUAAAAACACCAAACAAUCCCAAUGUAACUUGAGAAAGUGGGAGAAAGGUAAUGUGUUGCCUUACAGAAAGAUAUCCGUUUUCCAGCUGUCUCCCCCUCUUUUUGUACUGAGAACUUUCUACAAGUGUACAUCUUCACAUUUUUUAAAACCGAUGCAGAGGCUGGUGGGGAGCGGAAUCUGUUUCGCUGGUUUGUGGUAAUAAUUUUCCAAAAAAGAAUAUAAUGAUAAUUAUUUUGUAUUAUUCAUAUGGUUAUUAUUGUUAAUAUCAUUGUUGUCCUGUUUUUGUAUCACAUAUGGAAAAUCA